CUAUAUAAUCUGAGGAAUGUUCCUUUGGAAUCGUUCCGCCAACCACUGAGCUCAUAACAUGGAGUGGAAGCUGACGUCUGCAAGUCUGGGCAAUUAAACAUCCUCUUCAGCUUCCUCGGAUGCACAGUCAGUGGGGACAAAGGCUGCAACUCCGAGGGAUCGCAUCUUCAAACAGUCAGACCAAGGGUUCCUAAAAAUAAAUCAACCAAUGCACAGUUCCAAGAAACUAAACCGAAUCUUAAACAUCAUGAAUGAAACCACUGUGAUGCCAACUAUGUGCCGUUUUACGAGGCUGAGCCAGAACAGUUCUAAUAGCACACAUGCUUCCCCUUGGUUCUCAACCGCGUUUGCAGCUGUCGGACUUAUGUCGAACCUGAUUGCUUUUGUGGUGCUAAUAAGUGCAUACAGAAAAGCACAAAGCAGAUCAAGAUCAUCCUUUUUGAUUUUCCUAUGUGGCUUGGUUGUGACAGAUUUUUUAGGUCUUGCUACAACUGCAUCUAUAGUUGUUACUUAUCAUCAUUUGGAUUUCAAGUGGGAUGAAGUUGAUCCUCAGUGUCACCUUUGCCGAUUUUUGGGAUUUUCAAUGGUGUUCUUUGGACUCAGCCCUCUGUUGCUUGGGGCAACCAUGGCAGUAGAACGGUUUUUAGGAAUAAACAAGCCAUUUUUACGUUCUACCAAUUCCUCAAAACGACGUGCUUGGUGUACUGUGUUUAUUAUUUGGCUAUUUUCUUGUUGUAUUGCACUGCUUCCCAUUUGUGGACUUGGACAUUACACACACCAAUGGCCGAAUUCCUGGUGUUUCUUUAACAUGACAAACAGUCCAGGCGAUGUUGGAUUUUCAAUAUUGUUUUCUAGCGUGGGAUUGUUGUCUCUGGCAAUAUCUGUUUUUCUGAAUACAAUCAGUGUGGUAACACUGUUCAAAGUUUGCUUCAAUCGAUUAAGUGUUGAAAGGAGGAGAGACUAUGAAGUGGAGAUGAUGGUACAACUGUUGGGUAUAAUGGUUAUUGCAACAGUCUGCUGGGCACCAUUGUUAGUACUUAUCCUCAAGAAAGCUUUUACAGAUACACCAAAUGGCUUAACCCUGAAAAAAAUUCUAGUUACUUGCAUUCGAAUUGCUACAUGGAACCAGAUCCUCGAUCCUUGGGUUUAUAUAUUAUUCAGAAGGUCAGUUUUGAGGAGAUUCAGCCCAAGUCUUCGAGCAAGGCCUUCAAUCUCAUCAUUAUAUCCAUCUGUAAAUGCAUCAUAUACUCGAAGAUUUACACAAGCGUCAAUGACAACCACAUAGUCUGUUAUUGCAGCUGAAUUCAGCAGAGGUGCCACCACAUUAGACUGAUUUGUACUUAACUGUAAAUGUGUAUUUUAGAUUACAUUAAAGCAUACUUCAUCUAAAUAUGGGUCAAUCAUAAAAUGGCUUCCUGCCCUGACCUUGAUUUUCAGAAUUGCACAUGCUAAAUAUUUUUUACAUCAAACUAUGCUUGUUAUAUAAAUUCAUUCCCUUAAAAUCCAGUGUUCAGUUCUGGGUUUUAUAUAUAUACAAGGCUAUGCUAAAUUGGCUAGCAAUCCAAUGAAGCUUGCAUUGUAAGAAUGAAAAGAACUUCAAAUGUUUUAAACCAGAAACAAAAGCUGAAAAAGCUCAGGAGGUCAGACAGCAUCUGUGGAGAAAAAUCAGAGUUAACAUUUCGGGCUGAGUGAUUCUUCUUCAGAACUGAUGGUAGCUAGGAAAAUGUUGGUUCAUAUGUUGAGCUUGCAUUGUGUCCAUUCAAACCAGCUGAAGUUCAAUUGGCUAUUGAGAAUGUCUUAAAUAUGCUGGUUAAAAAGAAAAUAUAUUUUGAGGGUUUUGAAACAUAAAAAUGAACUUGGUGAGCUACCUUUCAGUAAAAAAAAUACAUUAACACAUCAAUGAGAGUUUGAAAUAAAGGAAAUCAUUAUUUUGUUACCACUUGAGACACAAAGUUAAGUAUUAAUAUUACAAAUUUAUUCAGCCACUGCCCUUGCCUGGUUCCUGCUCAACACUGAGAUUUCCAUGGCAUUUAAUGCUGAUUUUAGUUCAUAUUUAAAUCACAGUUAUUAGUGGUCAUCUUCCAGAAAUCUAAUUGUUUUUCAAAUAUACGUAACACUGAAGAGAUCACAUAUUUAUAUUCUGUGCUAUAUGUUUCUAUGAUUCUAUAAUUCUAUUAUUAAACAGACUGUAUGAAGAAGACAUAAGCCCCGUGGCAAUCUGAAAAUCACCCAUGAGAAAGAAUAACAAGAUUCACAUCAUUAUUUUCAUCAAAGAUGGCAGUCACAUACUGUUUGAUGAAUGAUGACCAAAGGAUCUGAUGACUAAUAUCAAUAAGGAGAGGAAGGCAGAAUGGAUUAGAUGCAGCCCAGAGAGAGAGAGAGAGAUAUGUAAGGGAUAAAUAAACAUUGCGGUUAUGUAUAGCAGGCCAGGACAGAAGAAAAGCUGAAUAAGUGAUAAUAAAAGAGCUAAGAGAGUUAUACUGAGUAGGCCUGCGUCAGAAAUGUUGGUGUGGGAAUACGGUGGUAUGUUGAAGUGGCAGGCAACUGGAAAGUCUUUACAGAGAACUUAGCUUGGAGCAGCAGAGUUGCUGGGUGCAGGGAGAGACACAGUAACAGGUAAUCCUAUAAAACUAAAAUGGUGUGGAUUCGGGCCUAGUCUUUACAGGCACUUAGCUUGGAGCAAAAACAGCAGCAGCAACUGGGAGGUAGAGAGGGACACGGUAAGCUGCAGGAACACUGUGAGAAUCUUCUGUGUAGCUCCUGUUGACAUCAUAGAGCUUCAAAAGGUGAGAAAGGCUCCCGAUUAGUGAGUACUGGGCACCUCACAAUUACUGGUUAACUUAGGGAACUUAGUUGCAUUUAACUUUGUGACAAAGUAGGAAAUCCAACAACAUAAGGCUAAUAAUUCUCAUCUAAGGCACUAAUUGUAAUUUUAAGAGAUAUCAGGAGAGGCCAAUCAUGCAGAAUGUAUGGUCUGUCAUAUGUGGGGAGUCCUAGGUGCUGACAGUGUCCUAGGUGACCACCUGUGCAAGAAAUGCUAUCAGCUACAGAAGUUGGAGUUCCGGAUCUCGAAGCUCGAUCAGUGGUUGGAGACACUGUGGCACAUCCACGAGGCUAAGAGUUGUGUGGCGAGCAAUUUUCAAGAGGUGGUCACACUGCAACUCAAGGGACUAGUAGAAAGAAGGGAAUGAGUCAGUCCAGAAAGAACAGGCAAGUAGUGCAGGAGUCCCCUGGGGUCCCACAUACUAUCUGGUAUUCCAUUUUGGAUGCUGGUUAAGGUGUGGUACCUCAGAGGAAUGUAGUCAGAGGUAUGCUUUUGGUACCACAAGCGGCUAGACAAUACAGGGGCGGGAGGCAGGGGGAUUGGGGGUGUGGUGGUUGUGUGGAGGAAGAAGAAAGCAAGACCAAUAAUGGGAGGGGGUUCUUUAGCCAGGGGAGCAGGCAGGCGUUUCUGCAGCUGAAGAAGUGACACCGGGGUGAUGCAUUGCCUCUCUGGUGUCAGGGUCAAGGGUAUCACUGAAUGGCUGCAGGGCAUCCUGAAAGGGGAAGGCAAUGAGUUAGAGAUCAUGGUAUAUGUUGGUACCAAGAAUAUAGGCAAAGUCAGGAAUGAGGUAUUGCAUCAAGAUUUCAGGGAGCUAAGCAGUAGAUUAAAAAACAGGACCUCAAUGGUUGUAAUCUCUGGGUUAUUCCCAGUGCCAUGUGCUAGUGAGUUUAGAAAUAGGAAAAUAAAACAGAUGAAUGCAUGGAUCAAGAACUGGUGCAAGAGGGAGGGUUUUGGAUUCCUGGGUUUUGGGGAAGGGGGGAAAGGUACAAACAGGACCAUCUGCACCUGCACUGCACUAGCACCAAGAUCCUUGCAGAUAGAUUUGUUAGUGCUGUUCGAAGGAAUUUAAACUAGUCUGGCACAGGGAUGGAACACAGGACAUCAAUGAAACUAAGAUACAUCAUGCUACAGCAAAGGAAACAAGUCACAGUGAGUUCAACUAUGUUGAGUGAUAAGAAAGUAAGGCAAGACUGGAUAGUCUUUACUUUAAUGUGAGGAGUAUAACAGGUAAGACUGAUGAGCUAUUGGCGCAGAUUGACACAUGGAAGUAUAACACUGUUGCCAUCACAAAAUCAUGUUUGAGGGAAGGUCUGAACUGGCAACUCAGUGUUCUGGGAUAUAAAAUCUUUAGACAAAACAGAGGAGGGUGUAAAAAGGGUGGUGGUGUACUGUUAAUUAAGGAUUUAAUUACUGAAAUAAGGAGAGACGAUGUCUUGGAAGGGUCCUCAAACAAGGCUUUGUGGAGAGACCUUUGGAAUGUUAAAGAGGGCAGCCACUUUACUGGAAGUGUAUUCUAGGCUCCCAAAGAGUCAACAAGAAAUAGAGGAGCAAAUAUGUAGACAGUUCACAGAGGUGUGUAAGAGUAAUAAGCGGGUAAUUAUACCAAGGCGAUUUCAACUUUCCCAGCAUUUACUGGAAUAGUCAUAGUGUUAAGGAUUUAGAGAGGGCAGAUUUCUUGAAAUGUAUCCAGGAGAGCUUUUUGUUUUAAUAUAUACAUGGGACAACUAGGGACAGUGCAGUGCUGGAUCAGAUUCUGGGGAAAGAAGCUGGACAAGUGUUGAAUGUGGCAGUAGGGGAACGUUAGGCGAUAUCAACCACAACAAGAGACGUUUCAAAUUUAUUCUGGACAAAGGAAAAGAUGGCCUUCAAAAGAUGGGAAUGUGGAUUGAAUUAAAAUAAAGCAGGCUCUGACCACAGUAGACUGGGAACGGCUGCUUGUGAGGAAGUCUACACGAAGCAAUGUGAGGCAUUCAAACAGGAGUUGGGGAGAAUGAAGUCCAAUAUGUACCCUUAGAGGAAAUGUAGGAACAAUAAAUUCAGAGAACCCUGCAUGUCUGUGACAAUUCGGGACUGGAUAAAGAAGAAGAGUAAGGCUUUCAGUGAGUCCAAAGAGGGAAUUCAGCUGCAGCCCUAGAGGAAUGCAGUAAGUACAGGAGGGAACUUGAGAAAACAAUAAGAAGAACAAUGAGAGACAUGGAAAAGGACUUGCGAACAGGAUUAGAGAGAAUCCUAAGAUAUUUUAUAAAUACUUUGAAGG